AUGGGUGCUAUAGAGCACACUAGAAGGGCUCGAAAAGAGGAUGAUAGAAUUCAAGAGAUUAACAUCAUAAUCAUGAGGUUCCCUCAAUUCAAACAACACCUCAAAACCAUCGGGUCGUUUUCCAAAAGUUUGAUAAAAAUGGGCAGCAUCGACCUUCAGGAACUGAAGAAUUGCCUAGAGAACCUGCAGCUGCUUAACCUCAAGGAGUUGGAGGUGGAAGAUCUGUUUGAUGGAAGUGGGGGGAUUCAGUUCAAUGAGUUCAUUGCCCUCAUGUGCCUCAUCUAUCUUUUGGCACAGCCAUCAUCUUCUUCCUCUCCAAACAAUUGAUAAUUAUGGGCCAAUGCAGACAUCAAAGAUGGGUUCGUCAGAACUGGAGGUAAUCUUUGACACCAUUGUUGAAGUAUUCUUGUUAGAGGUCAAGAAUGGAGAUGGGAAGUUCAACAAGAAAGACUUGGUGAACGCGUUGAACGAUGCUUCCUCCAUGGGGGAAAUCUACCUUUGCGGAUCACCAAGUCCAAAUUCAGCGAGUCGAAACAAAUGAAUCCGAUCUAUUUCCCUCCUUUACUUUGUGGUUUGUUGACGUAGACCGUGAGAGUGAUUCACGUGACUGCCAGAGGAAAUGGACCGGUACAGGAAUGAGAAGGUUAGCUUCAGGGAGUUUCUGUUUGCGCUGAUUCAAUGGGUUGGCAUUGAUGCUGCUAAUGAUGAACAAGACCAGAGAUUCCCCUGAAUGGAACAUUCUUCAUGUUCUUUUUUCGUGUCUUUGCAAGUGAUUUUGUUAAGUUCAAAUCAUACAGUACUAUGGUGACCAUUGUUUCACAAAACCGAAGGCUCUAACUACAUUCAAACAUAUGAUACACAGAAGUUACAGAAACUGAACAGCAAACAAAAAAAAGAAAAAAACACAGGAGCAAGGAAACGAAAUCACCAGGUUUUCUCUACAUACAUACUACUGCCUGCUAGUUGCUACGCAUCAUUGGAUUCCUAAAGCCUGGACUCGCUUAACCAAUGACAAGGAAGAAGCAUUCUUCUUUCUCCAUUCCUUCCUGCUCUCAUUCUUCUGCUGACCUCCUUCCACCAGCCGCAGCCAUUGAUCAUUACCAUCUAGAAUGCUCACUAUCUGCCUCAUGCUCGGUCUUAGAUGAGGAUCAGACCUCGUACAUGCCUUGCCCAAUUUCACUAGCCUCAUCAGUUCCUUGCGAUCAUACUCCUUGUCCAACCUCACAUCCACCAGCUCCUCCAAUGCUCUAUCUUGUGCCUCAAACUCAUUUACCCGAUUAACCAGCAGCACCUCGGGUCGCCUGAAAUCGACCGCCAUCUGCCCACUCACCACCUCAAGCACCACCACGCCAAAGCUAUAAACAUCGGCCAUCGUCGUUGCUUCACCUGAUUCCAUGUACUCCGGCGACAUGUAUCCAAAGAUCCCCCUGACCGAUUUGGUCGCCGAGGCUGCUGCUUGAUGAGCAUGGUCAUUCCUGUGGAGGAACUCAGCGAGCGCAAAGUUGCUCAGCCUUGGGUUCAUCAUGUCCGGAUCGAGAAUAACCGAAGCUGAAGUUAUGUUCCUGUGGAUGACUUGUUCAUCCCACUCCUCAUGAAGGUAAAGAACCGCCGAGGCUAGUGACUUCACAAUGUUGUACCUGUGUCUCCAUGUCAGAGUUAUCAGCUGACUUUCACUGCUGCUACCAAUCUUCUGCUUGCGAUGGUGGAAGAGCAAGUGACUGAGCAGGCGGCUAGGGGAGUAAUCAUAGAUGACCAACAUCUCUCCUUGCUCGGUGCACCAUCCUCGCAACUGGAUCAGGUUGCGGUGGCGCAGCCUGCCUAAAUUCUGAAGCUCGGCAGAGAACCUAGUUCUUAGUGCAGGGCACUGUGUCAUUCCGAGCCUCUUUAUGAGAACUUGAUGGCCAUCUUCAAGGAUACCAUAGUAAGCAGUGCCAAAAUCAACCUCCGCUAGCCUAUUCGAGUCGGAGAAGUUGUUGGUCGCAGUAACGAUUUCCUUGAAUGAGAUCUCCCUCGGAGUUUCCACCAUAAAGGAAGAAGCAGAACAGCAUCUUCGGCUACCAAACAUAGAACUUCUAUUGUUGUUGAAAGUACCAACAACAUCACUACCAUCAACACUACUACUACUAGUAGUGUCCAACUCCGCCGUUUCAUAUAUGGUUUCCCCUACAGCCGUAGCAUAAGUAGCCGAGAUUGAAAUUACCCUUGCUGUUGUGGACUUGGAGCUUCUUCUGCUGCUCCGUGUUGUUGUCGUAGUCCCGCUGGAGCUGCUGUUGGUGGCGGUGGUGUUGCUUCCGGAGGAGAUCGAUAUGUAGCGUGGAUGGGCUUGAAAAGAAGGAAGCGGCGGCAAUUUGUGGCCGGAGUUCCCCCCGGAGAGUGCUUCCACUACCCACUUCAUAUUCGGGCGAAACUGAGCGCUGUGGAGAGUACAGAGGAGGCCCAGAUGGAUCAUUCUUUCCAUUUCGAUCAAGCGGUAAGACCCAUCUUCAAGCCUCGUGUCACCAGCCUGGAGAACCUUCCCUUCGUCGGAAAGCUGCCGGACCCAAUCGAGCAGAACAAUCUGAUCAUCCGGGUAAGCCAAAUCCACCGCUCUUCUCCCCGCGACGACCUCCAGAACAACGAUUCCGAAGCUGAAAACGUCUGAUUUGGCCGUGGCGAGGCCCCUCUUCUGGAAACUCUCGGGCGGCAGGUACCCGAUCGUACCGCCGAUUCGGGUUGACUCUACCAGCCGGAACUGGUGGUUCCUCAUCGACGGCGUCCUGACGCCGCCGUACUCCAACUCGUGCUCCAGCCACCGCGCCAGCCCGAAAUCGCCGAGGCGGGCGUUGUAAUUGGAAUCGAGCAUCACGUUGCUCGUCUUCACGUCGCGGUGGAUGAUCUGGGUCUCGAGCUGGUCGUGGAGGUAGUGGAGCGCCGCCGCCAAUCCGCCCACGAUUCUCUUCCUCUGCUCCCAAUCGAGAAUCGGCGGGGCAAAUUCCUCCCCCGCCGCAGCUAGGUUUUCGGAUUUCCGGAACAGAACCCGGUCGAGGCUCCGAUUGGGCAUGUAGUCGUAGACCAGGAACAGCUGGUCCUCGUGCACGCACCAUCCCCUCAACCGGACGAGAUUCCGGUGGCGGAGAUGAGCGACGGCCACAAGCUCCGCCGCGAACGUCUUCUCGAACUGCUCCCCUCUCUCCGCCAAACACUUCACCGCCACCAGAGUCCCGUCGCUGGGGAGAACCGCUCGAUAAACCCGCCCGAACCCGCCGCUCCCCAGCACCUCCUUGUCGCUAAACCCCUUCGACCCGAUGUAAAGCUCCGAAUAGCUGAAGAUCCGCGGGUUAUCGUACCCGACCCGCUCGUCACCAAUUUGGACUCCCUCCAAGUCAUGAAACGCACCGGAUCCCAUCCUAGACCCCUUCUUUCGGUGUCGUUUCUCCGGGUCCGGGUCAGGGUCAUUAUGACACGAACUGACCCAUUUGGACCCGUAAAUCCGCCUGACCGUCCCGCCGACCAGGGAAACAAUCUGGUGGCCGCAGCCACGGUGGUGCUUCUUCUGGCCGGGCGGUGGGAACUUGAGGUCGGCCGGGAUUUGAUGAGUGGUGGUGUCUGAUUGAUCGUCGAAGUCGGUGGUCGGGAGGACGAUGCAGAGGCGGUUGAGAUGCAUGGUGGCGGUGGGCGGGUGGUACUUUUGGUUUGGGGAUUUCAUGGUGUGAUUUUGGGGAUUAUGGGAAGUGGGAACUGGUGGGAGAUUAAUGAAUGAAAGUGGAUGGGGAAGAUGACGAAGAAAGGGAGUUGGUAAAAUUGAAUUUGGGCGGUGAAAUGUGGCGUGGAAACGGGUGGGCUGUGCCUGUGAUUAUUAUAAUGAUGUAAUCAAUUUGGGUUCUAGAGGGAGGGAGAGAGAGAGAGAGA